UAGCAGGUUAAAAAGGCCGUAGGCUGUUCCUACAUAUCGACCCGAAGAAUUAUUCUCUCCCUUGACGUGUUUCUCUUUAGAAUUACGCAACUCAGAGAGCAUGCGCACUGAGCAAAAUCUAUGAUUGCAGCAUUUUUUUCUUUCAGCAGACGAGACAACUUCAUCAUCAUCUCAAAAAAUGAAGCAAACUAAAUCACUCAUUUCUAAUUUGCUUGGAUCGAUAGAACUGGCUCUCUGUGAAAGGGACUAAAGAAAUCAGGGGAAGAUAACUCGGCAUAUCUUGUGGGUUUUAAUGAGCGAAGCGCCGACACAUCAGUUCAGACUCUAGCCAGCACUUGACGAAUUCAGCAGGGCGUUAAGAAGCAAAUGGUCGGAAUAGCAAGGAUAUACCAACACACCUGGACCGUAUCCCUGCCUCUGGAUAUCGCCAUGGACGGCAACAAACCAAAGAUGAAGUUCUAAACGGUUCAAACAUUCAGUACAACAUUCUUCCUGACAGUUCAAAUUCAUAAUCAGUGUUUAUUCCUUAUUCCCCCUAUUCAAUAUUUGUGAUUUUUGUGACUUCAUAUAAACCUCUAAAACAAAAGGAUGUUUCACGUCGCCUUGUGUUCAUUAGUUCAUUGUCUUCAGUUCACGAUUCGGCUGAUUGUGGUCUAGACAAGAAAGUUGCCCGGAUAUUCUCGACACUAGUGCAGUAUGACUCGAGACACCUACGAUGUUUCCAUUCGGCGCGCUAGUCAGGUCUCGCAGAAGGUAGACAUUUAUAAAUCGUCUCCGACUAGCAACAGACGGCCUUCCAAAGUAACCGCUCUGAUGGCUAAGCGGUCAUUACUAAGAGAAGACUUCAGAGGUUCAGAUCGGACGCUGGUCAGCAGUUCCUUGGACAGCAACAACAGCAGUCGUAGCAACGUGCACGCCUACGCCUCUUCCUCCUACUACACCAACAGCAACAACGACAUCGGGGCGGACGAAGAGGAGGAGGACGAGGAUGAGGAGGACGAUGAGGGAAGGCAGAGGCCAGAGGAGUUGGAGUCCGACAAAGGCAUCUGGGAGAAGACGUCACACUACGUCCUCCUGGGCUUUGGCACUGUCUUCGGAGUUAGAAACAUUUUAAAAUUUCCUGCUUUGGCUAUAGAGCAUGGAGGAGGUGCCUUUGUUUUUACCUACGUGUUUCUGACUUUCACUGUUGGUGUUCCGAUUGUCUACCUGGAGGUCAGUCUGGGUCAGUAUGCAAGAGGAGGAGUUGUUAAAGCAUGGAGGAUGAUCCCGUUGACCAAAGGUCUAGGUCUCUGUAGUCUGCUCUUGAGUCUGGCACGUACUUCUUACUCCAGCACGCCAGCCGCCUGGGCUCUGUAUUAUUUCUAUUCAGCCAUGUCCGGCAACCAGCCUUUCCGGAAAGUCAAUCUCGAGGUAGAAAUUCUAGGUAGUGUAUCCUACAAUUCGUCUGCCAAUAUGUCCAGUGAGCAGACGUCAGCUUUAUAUCGGGCUUCCUACGCUCGUUUUAACAGAUCUUUCUUCUCCGCGACCCUGGAGAUGACGGACAGUAUUUCCAACAUGGGUCAUCUGGUACCUCAUAUUAUUACAUCGUUACUGGUCAUCUGGUUCUUUGUGUUUUUGUUGUCUGCAAUCGGACCCCGGAUGCUGGGGAAAAUUGCACUCUCUUUUACUGCUGUUCCAUCCGUCCUUAUAAUCAUCUUGUUAAUCGCUGCAAGCACCAUGUCAGGCUCUGUGCUAGGGAUACAGGCCUUUCUAAGUCCCAAAUGGCACAACUUGUCAACAAUUAAGCCCUGGAUUGAUGCUUUUGAUCUUGUUCUGUCCAGCCUGGCUUGCGGCACUGGAGUUCUGGUCACGCUGUCAGGACAAUGUCCUUUCCAGGGCAAUACGUUUAGGAAUGCCAUGAUCAUGACUGGGGUGUCACUAGCAAUGACCAUUGUAUCAGGAUGUCUGUUGUUGUCGCUGGUCGGCGUGGAGUCAAAGCUGCUGGGUGUGAGGGUGGAGACCCUACCAAGAUUUACUGACGUAGACCUAGGUUUUGUCCUGUUUCCGGCAGUGACGUCGCAUCUUCCCGCAUCGGCCAUCUGGAGUUGCAUCUUCUUUCUGCUGAUUGUCCUGCUCAGCCUGGUGCAGGCUGCCACAAUGGUCCAACACAUCCAGCAAGGAAUGGUGGAGGUAGCGCACCUCCAAGACAUCAAGUUCCAGUGGAAGAUGGCCAUACUGGGCACAAUAAGCGUUAUUAUGAUGUCCCUCAAUGUUCUUACGACCUCAGAGAAUGGUCUUCAUGUCCUGCGCCUUCUUCAGUUCUCUGUCCCGAGACUGACCGUCCCGCUUUUGUGUGUUGCGGAGACAAUGACCAUAGGUUGGGGCUACGGAGCUCGGAGAUUUGCCGGCAGAAUCACGGAGAUGACCGGACGAAAUAAAAGUUUUGUUUGGAAGUGGCUGUGGAGAUGGGGGUGUCCAGUCUCCCUAACACUGAUUUCUAUUGCAUCUAUACUCACAACGAACCUGCUUGAAGAUUUGCCUUUAGUCGACGCCCACCAGAAGUGGAUCUACUUCCUAGGCUGGUCCAUCAAUCCCAUUAUCCUGUUUCCUGGUCUUGUCAUAGCCUCUGUUUCCUUUUGUCGGGCACAUGGAACAUUUAAACAGAGGCUGAAACAGCUGCGCACGACGCCAUCAUCCUGGGGUCCAGGGCAUCCCGAACAUGAGCCCCAGGCCGACCUUCCAGAUUACGUCAUAUGUCAGCCUGACCCAUUCCGACCUGCUAAUGCUCUGGCCAUGUUGACGGCCAAUCUCUACCUCCCCAAUAUAGUCAACUUUGUAAAUAUGCAGCCUCCAUCAGCCGACACAGAUUUGGGACCAGACUACAUGUCCGAUAUGGCCACACUGACCAGCUCUGAGGACGACAAUUCCAUAGAUAAUCCUGUGUCUAAAGACAGUUGCAUUGGCCGCUGGCACGCCACUGUUCCAUGCCUGAGUCAAGUGAUAGGCAUGGGCAACGUAGUCAGAUUCCCUUACCUGGCCUACAGACACGGAGGAGGUGCGUUUGUCAUUGCCUAUGUAGUUGUGUUGAUAACAGUGGGUGUUCCAUUAAUUAUCAUCGAGACAGCCAUCGGUCAGUUCUCCAGCCUCGGACCUGUUAGUGUGUGGCGGGCGGUGCCAGUCUUUAAAGGUAUCGGCUACUCUAUGAUGGUCAUCUCUGUCGCCACCACCAUUUACUACAGCGUAGUGACGUCGUGGUCAGUGUUUUACUUGGCCACAUCUCUGACCUCUGUCAUGCCCUGGAGAGGAUGUCACAACUCCUGGAAUACCAACUCCUGUUCCACGGCUCCACUGACAUACACUAUCUGCACUAAUGUUUCCUCUAACGAAACGUCUUUCAAGCCCUGCGACCAGGGCACUGAGGACUGCGUGAAACCCAACGUAACUGUCAACUCGUUGUGUCAUGACAUCAACAGGACGGAUGUUAAUCUAAACCUGGACAACACGUCGGUCAGGUCGGCGGAGGAAUACUUUUAUUUUUCUGUGGUGAAACAGUCAGAUAGUUUCCUUCAUGCUGGAGAAUUAAGAUGGCAGCUGUGUCUGUGUCUGCUGACCACAUGGACCAUCAUAUUUAUCUUCUUAAUCAAAGGAUUCAAACCAGGAGGCAAGACCACUUACCUCUUCCUAAUCUUGACAGCUCUUGCACUUAUCAUUCUGUUGGUUCGAUCAAGUUCCUUACCUGGUGGGCAUGAUGGUCUCAGUUUCCUGUUCACGCUUCAAUGGUCCAAGCUUAUGGAGGGGGAGGUGUGGAGAGAUGCUACCUCACAAGUUUUCUUCUCUAUGUCCAUUGGCUGCGGUAGUCUGGUUGCUAUGGGAACAUUCAACAAAUUUAGCAACAAUGUCAUCAGGGAAGCAGCACUACUGUGUAUUGUGGAUACCGGCAUGAGUGUAUUGUGUAGUCUUGUCGUAUUUGCUGUUUUGGGAACUUUGGCACGAGCAGCCCACACUGAGAUUGAGCAUGCAGCAAGAGCAGAUAUUGGACUAACUUUUGUGACGUUCUCUAGAGCAGUUCUAACACUUCCUUGGCCUUUCUUUUGGUCUAUCUUGGUCUUCAUCGUGGUUGCUCUCUCGGGUACACUGACCUGCAUCACAGCUAUGUCCACAGCCAUCUCCUCACUUGUGGAUGUUUACAGCAGCUUGUUCAAGAAACACAAAAAGUGGAUGAUGCUGGCUUUAUGUCUUACUUUGUUCUUCUUGGGGAUUCCAAUGACUCUUCAGGUGGGCUUUCACAUUGUAUCCAUCUUGGACACUUUCCUAUCAGGCUUGCCUCAGAUGUGUGUGGGAGGGGCAACAGUAGUAGCUUUUACCUGGAUCUACGGCAUUGGUCGACUGUGCUCAGAUGUGAGUAGAAUGAUCAACUCUCAAAUAGGCUGGUGGUGGAAGCUAAUCUGGGCUGUAGUUUGCCCUAGCAUUACUGCGAUCCUUAUUGUCAGCUCCUUUGUGUCUGUUAUCAGUUCUGAAGAGGAUGAGACACACCCCUGGUGGCUAAACUUGAUUGGUCUUUUGUUUUGGUUGAUGACACUUGUGCCUAUUUUUGUAGGCAUCAUCCAUGAAAUUUCACAAGCUAAGAAUGGAACUUUUUUAGAGAAAGUCCGAAGAGCAUGUCAGCCUCGAAAAGGAUGGGGGGCAACACUGCAUAGGUGCAAUAGUAAUGUGGAGUACUAUCCCACAGUUCACACACACCUUGGUAUUGACAUAAGCAGAGAGGGUCUUAGCACAGUUGCUGAUCAUGUCCAGUUCACCCCUGUGGGCGUUCAUGUUCCCAGUCUGUCCCAAACUACAUUGCUACCAGUGUCGCCUGGCACACCCAAAAGUAAAAAGCCAAUGGACAUGAGACACAAGGCCAUACUAAAUCAUGCCUAUAGCAAUCCCCAGUGUCAUGUGUCCUCAGGCUCUCUUGAAAGACUGAGUAAAAAGGCAAGGCCUGCAAGCAUUUCCUUAGCCAAUGAAGAGCUUCAGGAUGUAAUAGUCACCAAAAAGACGAAGCAGAAAGUAAGCACCCAUGACGCUUUCACCCAAACUGAUCAAAGCUGGGCCGAGAGUAAGCUAUGCAGGCAGAGCUCUCAACCUAUAGUCAGUGUAACCAAAAGAAUACCUGUCUUAAGGCGUUCAUCAUCCUGGCACCAGUUGGGUGGUCAGCCUGCGGUGCUCAGUGUUUGCGCCAAACAGCUCAGCUGUGCAAAGCCUAAAGCAACCCAGUCAAAGCCAACAGAAAGUCUUGCUCAGAGGAGACGUAGAUUUGGACAGAGCAUGGCUCCAAACUUAAGACUUUUAAUCGGCCAAGAAAUUAGUGCGUUAAAUACAAAGCCAAUCAAUUAUCCUUUACCAAGUGCAAUUACUAUGACCAACGAAGCACCAUUACGUGUUGGCUGUGUUCUGAUUGCACCGUCAGAUUCCCCCACCCAGCCCAAGCAGUGGAUGAAUAGCCUACGUUUUAAAACUUCAAUUGUCUCUGAAGAUGGUGCACUACCGAGUCCACUAGCAUUGAAGUAUGACCCAGUGGUGACUGCUGUCCCUUUGACAAGACAAAAAGCACCAGCAAUAAAUACUGCUGUGCCUAAGCGCAGGCGGCGAACGCUAAGAGAGUCUAAAAUCAACAGAGACAUUAAAUCUCAGUCUAUGGAAGAAACUUCCAUCAGUUCAAGACAGAAGCUUUUCGACGAGUCCAACUACAUAAACAAUCGUUACAUUCUGACCAGAGCUGACUCAGAUGGGAUCUCCAGAUGCAAGUCCCGGUCAGCAUCAUUAAGGACAAAGUCUGAAUCUGACGAAGUGACAGUCGUGAAGAUGACCAGAAAAUGCAGUCUUUCAUCAAGGCCUCAGCAGUUGAUCCCGGUGAAAACCCGCAACAGAAGCAAGUCUUUCUCCUGUAAAGGUGGCAGUAUCAUAAUGGAAGAAGAACUGGACCCACAGAUUGAUGAGAUCAGGGAUGACUUUAGGACAUGUCUACAGAUGAUCCAUGCUGAGACUGAAAUGAGUAAACUGUGAUAUUUGUGUUCCUUUCAUUGUCAUAUAAUGAAUUUUGUUUUCUGUAGAAGAAAAAGAAACUUUCUGUUGUAGAUAAAAAAAAAACUGUGUACAUAAUAUGGUAGAUGUGGCAAUUUGUUGGCAAUACUGGACACAUUUCAGAUCAUUCCAUUUAGCUGUAAAUGUUACAGUGUUAAUUUUUUGUUUUUGUUUCUGUUAAUGAAUGUUGUUAACAGAUAGCUGACUUUUAGAUAUAUUUAAAUACCUAUAUAAGCUUUAAUAGCUAAACUAAUGUUGUUUGUGUUAUCAUCUUCUUAGUUGUUACACGCUGUAGAGUUUACUAUAUACUCUUGCACUCCCAUUGAAUUGUUGCAAUUCUGUGAUGUCUGGUUGAGUUGGAACCUAAAAAACAAUAAUUGUUUUACAUUGUGUAAAUAGAACUGUACAGAAGUGUUAUAUAACAUUUUUAUACUCAUAAGCAUAAAAAAGUGUGUGUGUGUUUCUGUAUAUAGACUUCAAUUUAUAUUACUUUGGCAUGAAACCUGAUGGUGUUAACAAAAAUGUCUAUUUUUAGACAGACCCCUAAGUUAUGAAAUAAUGAGACAAAAAGGCUCUGUACUCUAGGCAAGCUAUCAUAUAUUUUGUUUUAACAAUACUGGAAAUUGCCUUUUGCACCAGAGAUGGGUUCUUGUUUUUUUCUUUUGCAUGCAGAACUGUUGCAGAGAUUUAUCUACCAAUCUUAUUGACAGAGAUGAAUAAUUGCAGUGAUAUUUAGGACUGAGGUGUACUUUGAAUAAAAGUAAAUAAGACAUGUGAGAAAUAGAGAAUGUGGAUGAAUGCAUCUUUACAUAUGCUAAAUUAUUUAUGAUAUUGUCUGAAUGUUACUUAACUGAAGUAGUCUAUUACUUAGUACAUCUGUAUCUAUUUUUUUUUAUUAUUAUGACUGAAGUAUUUAUGCGAUAGAGUGAAAGAAUAAUUUUUCAUUUAAUAAUAAUAUUAUUAUUAUAAUACAGUUUUUAAUUAUACGUAGUUCUCAAGCAUUACUGGUCUGCAUAAUACAUUCUAAGUUUUCCUUUUUUUUUACUCUAACUAGUAAGACCUAUGAUGAAAGCAAUAAAAAAUUAUUUAUAAUUGA